CAAUCUGUGACAGAUUGUUGCUUAAAUGCACUGACAUACGACUGAUUUAGACUGAACAGUGAGAAUGGCGGAGACAAAUGGUGGUUUUCAGACACUUGUCCACGAAGAUGAUUUGCACGAGGAAGAGUAUCCUCCUUACCAUCAGUCUAACAGGGUACAAGUGUCCAUGUUCACUAUGAGUCCUGGGAGACGCCACAGACUGGCUGCAGUGUGCCUGGCGCUUCUUGCUGCUGUUCUUCUGAUACUGAAUAUUGGCCUGGGGAUCCACUACAACAAACUCACAGAUACUCACCUCACCCUCGAUGAUACCGAACGCAUCAGAAAAGAGCUGGUUGACCUCCAGGACACUUACAAGACUGCAGUGGAAACCAUGAAGGAUGCCAGCAAGCAGCUGGACAGUGAGAUGAGCCGUCAGACACAAACCAACUGGGAGCUUGAACACCAGACAAAACGAAGCAAUGACUAUAAAAGUCAGAUGGAAAAAGUCACAAAGGAAAUUGAAACCAUGAGAUCAUACUUACCAAUGCUUAACGAUGGCUGCAAACACUGUCCUGCAGGAUGGAUUUUAAUGAACUCUGUAUGUUACUACUUCCCCUUGAAAUCAAAUGAAAUCAAAACAUGGAAGGAAUCCAGAGAUUUCUGUCAGCUGCAGGGAGGAGAUCUUAUAAUCAUAGACAGCCGAGACGAAGAGAACUCAACAGUCAAUUACUUGAUAAAUCAUCAACCUGUCUCGAGACAAACUCGUGACCCGGUCUGGGAGCCUCCCUUUCCUCACCGUGAGAGACCUUGGAUGAGUCACAGAGACCCUGAGUUUCUGGAUUGGAUAAGAAGAAGAAACGACUAUCAAGAUAUGUCUCGUACUACGUCGCGGUUCUGGAUCGGACUGAGAGACGUCCAUGAGGAAGGGACUUGGAAAUGGUGGGAUGGAACAUUACUUGCUGAAGGGUACUGGAACGAUGGAGAGCCAAAUGAUGAAAACAAUGAGGACUGUGCAGCGUUGUAUCCCAAAGCAAACUUCUACAAGAGCUGGAACGAUCUUCCAUGUGAGACCAAAAUAAAAUGGAUUUGUGAAAAAGCACCAAAAUCACUGAGCUAAGAUUAAUGAAAUAAUGCAUCACAAUCCUACAUAAGCACAUGUUGCUAUCACACAAAUCUCUGUAAGCAUUUAAUAAACUUUUUUAGCAAAGUAGCAAAUCUUACAGCUAAGAUGAAAAAGGAUUAUCCAACACAUUUCUAGAAAGUAAACCGCUGUUUUUUCCUUGUGAGUACGCUGUAUUUAUCUACAGCAAUGCUACAGUAAAAUGUUCAUUUAUAUUAUACACAGACUUACAGUGUUUUACAUUAUUAACACAAUGUUAUAUGAUGAACAUGUUAAUAAACACUUACAGCUGGUAACAAUUAAAUCUACAGCUUUAAUAUCAUGUUUCUGUUAGCAGCCUGUGUGCAAAGGAAAAGAUGGUAAAUACAGAUGCAAAGUCACUGAUUAUACUUCAAUCAGUAUUUUUACUGUAGAAAAUAUUUUGAAAGCAUGAACUAAUGUAUGAAAUGCUCUCGUCACUAAAAUAUAUGUGAAUCUUUGAAAGUUCAAACUAAUCUUUAUUUAAACUUCUUCAGUUCCUUGAAUGAAGUCUGCAUUUCAGUCAUUAACUCUCAUCACACGGAUGCUUUUUGCCAAAUUUUCAGCACCAGUAGUCGCUCAUUUGAAUAUUCUUGUAGUUAAGAAGCUAAGCUUUCCAUCUCUAGGUAGGUCCAUGGCCAGUUCAGCACAAGACGUCACGAGACGUUAAAUUGUAAAUGAAUGGUGAUAUUGACUAGAACACACCCACAAGCACCAAUUUGGAUUUUUAAUCAAAUAAUGUGCACAAAACAUUGUGAAAUUCUGCUCUUUGGACUUUGAGGUGCACUUUUGUGGCAUUUAUGAUGUCGCCUUUGUUAAGAUAAAAAAAAAAGCAUGAAUAUGGUGACGGCUGAAAAAUGGGUCACAGGAUAGAGGAUUAAUGUUAACGUUUGUUAGGCUGUGUAAAAAAUAAUAUGUGGACAGAAACUUCACGAGCUGUCUGUCACGUGCCUUGUUAUAGGGAACUCGGCGUUUAAUUUAGAGAUGGUACAGGGGUCACAUCAAAUAAUACUACAACUUGGUUUUGUGGGACACCAACCUAAAAUUGCCAUAAGUCACAGGCCCUAUCAGCUCAGUCAGGCCGGGCAUGCUAGGAGAAGUUACCGACUGACUGCAGUAGUAGGGUCUAUGCUCAGAGGUACUUCUACUCAGGCACCAAUCAAGCAUCUGAUUGUCAGCACAUGGGGUACCAAAAGCUUAAAGCAAGGGUCAAUAGCAGAAUAUGUUGUUUGGCAUUGACAAAUCGGGUGUUUUCAUUGGGCACAACCCACGCAAUCAAGUCUGCUGACUGGCUGUAGCUCUGGAGGUACCGCAAGUCAUCUAUUGAUCAGAAGGUUGGUGGUUUGAUCCCUAACUGCCCCAGUCUGCAUGCCAAAUAUCCUUGGGCAACAUACUAACCGCGAAUUGCUCUGCGAUGCAUCAACUGGAGUUUGAAUGUUUGUGAUAGAAAGCACUUAAAACAUAGAAGAAAGUACCUGUGUGAAUGCGGCGUGUAUAUAAAGCACUUUGAGUGCUGCGCAUGAGUAGAAAUGUGCUAUAUAAGAAUCAGUUCCAGCCUUAUCAAACAACUGUAAUAUAUUUCAAGGUUAUAAAAUCGUGUUUUAUAAACCAUUGUGUUACUUGUGAUGAAAUAUUACAGUGUUUUUUGUUUAAAAAGUGUGCCUCAACACUUUUCAUUUAUUUGCUGACUGCUAUUCUGAUGGUAGCCAUUGGAGUUCUUGGGAUUAACUCCGUCUAUGACAGUCCAUGUGACAAAAAACAAGUUCAGUUUCCCUUUUCUGUAGAAUUUCACAAUGUGUGAUCACCAAGAAAACGAACACUGAGCAACAACAUUUUACAGGUUUGAAAAUACUCUAUAAUUUUGGUUUGAUCCUAGUCAUGGAAACAUGGUAAUUUUUUUGGAUUAGUUUAGUUUGGUAUUAAAUAUUUAACAUUGUAAACACACAGAUGUGAUGUGAUUGAAGCUGAAGAGGAGGCCAAGAAGGUGAGCAUGUGAACAAAAACCAUGAACAAUGAAAGGCGGGCACUGAGCAGCUGAAGACCAUCAAUGAUGGAAUAUUACAAUUCUUGCAAGAUUCAUUCACACAGUCAGCAUAGUGAGUGCAUGAUCACUGCAGCCUCCAGUGCUUUUGGCACUGGGGUUAGGGUUGGGUUAGGCGUUAGGAUUAUGGGUUUAAGGUCAGCAUCUGUAUCAGACUACUGUGAAAUGAUCACAUUUUGAUUACUCUUAACAAAAAUUUUAUGUCAGUAAUUGCUGAGUUUUCAGUGCCUCUUAAUAUCUUUUUUACCUGAGUUAUCAGACUCCUAAAAGGCAGUAAAUCUCAAAAUAGGUAGAAUAGUGUUGAAAACAAAAAAUGUACACAUAUUAUGUUCCUGUUUAUAAUUAGAGUGCAAUCUGGAAACUCAGAUUACACUACCUACAGAUAUUUUGUUUUUAUUAUACAACUUGUAAUAUUUGCUUAAUCUAAGAAGUAAAAUGAAUAAUAUUAAUAUUUACCAUAUUUUUGAAAAAUAUUCUACGUGUUUUAUUUUGCAUUUUGCAUCACCAAUUGUCUUUCGAAAUAUGAAGUUUUAUUACCAUGUGCUCAAAUAUCUGGCAAUUUGAUUUUAUUUUAAAUGGGGCGAUCGUGGCUC